UCUCUCUCUCUCUCUCUCUCUCUCUCUCUCUCUCUCUCUCUCUCUCUCCGUUUAUUCUAAAAUAUCUGUUUUCUUUUUCUUUGGAAUGUGAUAAAUUUUUUUAUGUUUCGGUCUAAUUUCCUAUUCAGAUGAUAAAAAUAUUUACUGUACAUGAAAUCAUCCUUAGCUUUGACGAGACGGCUUCAUUGGCGUCCAAUAUCCUCAACUCUCGAUCCUCAUUGCUCUCUCUCUCUCUCUCUCUCUCUCUAUAUAUAUAUAUAUAUAUAUAUAUAUAUAUAUAUAUAUAGGGCUCAUUUCGUCCUUGCCCUUCAUCAAUUCAGGAUUCAAGUGUUUGUUUAGCAUGAGUCCCGAGCUCUACUCUUGUUGAAUUCGUUUAAAUUUCAGGGAGUUCUUCUCUGUUUUUCCCUUUUUCCGCUUUGUUUCUUGGGAAAUUCGUGCUUUCCGUGUGCUCAUUAAUGUUCUAGAUUUCGUUUUUAUAAUAUUUAACCAAUUUGGGUUGUUGGGUCUUCCAUUUUGAUAUUAAAAAAAGAAAAAAAAAAAUUUGAAGGGGGGUUUAGUGUUGGUUGAGGUUUUACUGGUUGGUGGGUUACUAUUAUGUUAGAUGAUACUGUUUUGAACUUCGUUUAUGAUAAGCUGUAAAAAAAAAAAAAUUUCGGGUUAUUGGAUCUUUCAUUGUGAUUAAAAUAAACAAAAUGAAGGGUUUAGGGCUGUUUGGGGUUUUAGUGUUUCUUGUGUUACUACUGUGUGGCCAUAGUCUGGGGAAGGAGUGCACAAACACUCCCACUCAGCUCUCAUCCCAUACUUACAGAUACGCGCUCUUGACUUCAAACAAUCAAACAUGGAAGGAUGAGAUGUUUUCCUUCUACCAUUUGAUUCCCACUGAUGACUCUGCGUGGAGUAAUAUGCUUCCCAGGAAGGUUUUAAGGGAAGAGGAUGAAUUUAAGUGGACAAUGAUGUACAGAACCAUGAAGAAUGCGCACAAGUCCAGUGACUCCCCUGGAGGGAAUUUUCUCAAGGAAGUGUCAUUGCACAAUGUGAGGUUGGAUCCGGAUUCGUUGCAGGGGCGAGCUCAACAAACAAAUUUGGAGUAUCUGUUGUUGUUGAAUGUGGAUAGUUUGGUUUGGAGCUUUAGGAAAACUGCAGGGUUGCCAACAAUUGGCACACCCUAUGGCGGCUGGGAGGCCCCAACUGGCGAGCUUCGAGGUCAUUUUGUGGGGCAUUACUUGAGCGCAUCGGCUCUCAUGUGGGCCAGCACUCACAAUGAUAGUCUUAAAGAGAAGAUGUCUGCAGUGGUUUUUGCUCUUUCUGCCUGUCAGGACGAAAUGGGUACUGGAUAUCUAUCUGCUUUCCCAUCUGAGCUAUUCGACCGGUUUGAAGCUAUAAAACCUGUCUGGGCACCAUAUUACACCAUUCACAAGAUAUUGGCAGGUCUUUUGGAUCAAUAUUCAUUUGCUGGCAACACUCUAGCCUUAAAAAUGACAACGAGGAUGGUUGAGUAUUUCUGCAAUCGUGUCCAGAAUGUCAUAUCAAAAUACUCUAUAGAAAGACACUGGAUGUCACUUAAUGAAGAAACUGGUGGCAUGAAUGAUGUCCUUUAUAGGCUAUACAGUAUAACGGGUGAUCAGAAGCAUAUAUGGUUGGCGCAUCUUUUUGACAAACCAUGUUUUCUAGGAUUGCUUGCUGUUAAGGCUGAUGAUUUAUCUGGGUUUCAUGCCAAUACACAUAUCCCUGUGGUCAUUGGAUCUCAAAUGCGUUAUGAACUAACUGGUGAUCCUCUUUAUAAGGAAAUCAGUACAUACUUCAUGGAUGUUGUUAACUCUUCUCACAGCUUUGCAACUGGAGGGACAUCAUUCCAUGAGUUCUGGACAGAUCCAAAGAGGUUGGCUAACACUCUUGAUACUGAGAAUGAAGAAUCCUGUACAACUUAUAACAUGCUAAAGGUUUCUCGUCACCUGUUUAGGUGGACCAAAGAAAUCGCAUAUGCAGAUUAUUAUGAACGUGCCGUGACAAAUGGAGUUCUAAGCAUCCAAAGAGGAAGGGAACCUGGAAUAAUGAUCUACAUGCUUCCACUGGGUCCUGGAAAUUCCAAAGCCCGAAGCUACCAUGGAUGGGGGACACAGUUUAACUCUUUCUGGUGCUGCUAUGGGACAGCAAUUGAAUCCUUCUCAAAGUUAGGAGACUCAAUAUACUUUGAAGAGGAAGGAAAACAGCCAGCACUUUACAUCACCCAGUACAUAUCAAGCUCUCUUGAUUGGGAAUCAGGAAAGAUUGUGCUAAAUCAACAAGUCGAUCCUGUUGUUUCAUGGGAGCCUUUCCUACGAGUGAACUUUACAAUUUCUUCGAAAGAGGGGGCAGGUCAAUCAUCUGCCUUGCAAUUGCGAGUACCCACUUGGUCAUCUUCAAAUGGUGCCAAGGCUGUAUUGAAUGGUCAGAAUUUGCAGCUACCACCUCCAGGUAAUUUCCAUUCUGUCUCUGUAAGCCCUGGUAGCAAAUUGAACCUGGAGCUGCCCAUGAGCCUAAGAACGGAGCCCAUUAAAGAUGAUCGGCCUGACCACGCUUCUCUUCAAGCCAUACUUUAUGGCCCCUACCUUCUUGUGGGUCUGUCCUCCGGUGACUUGGACAUCAAAACUGAGUCAGCUGCAAUUUCACAAUGGACAGUUUCGGUUCCAUACAGUCAGAAUUCUCAGCUUGUUUCACUCUCCCAGAAAGUGGGGAGCACAUCUUUUAGUUUCACAAAUUCAAACCAAUCAAUUACUAUGGAGAAUUUUCCAGCAGCUGGCACUGAUGCAGCAGUGCAUGCUACUUUCAGGCUCAUUGUGUUGGACAGAAAAUACAAAAGAUAUUCAAACCCAAAAGAUGCUAUUGGAAAAUCAGUGAUGUUGGAACCAUUUAAUUUUCCAGGAAUGGUUGUAGUUGAACAAGGAGAAAAUGGAGAUGUUACAGUUGCAAAUUUUGAUAGUAGCAAGAACAAUUCUGCUUUCCGUUUGGUUGCUGGGUUGGACGGGAAGAACGAAACUGUUUCGCUGGAGUCAGAAAGGCAGAAUGGAUGUUUUGUGUACAGUGGUAUAGACUAUAAGUCCGGUCUGAACCUUAAGCUCAGCUGCAAUUCUGAGUCAACCGACGAUGGUUUUAAGGAGGCAACUAGCUUUGUGUUGAAUGGGGGAAUAAGCCAGUAUCAUCCUAUCAGCUUUGUGGCAAAUGGGGGAAAGAGGAAUUUUCUUCUGCAGCCAUUAUUUAGCUUGAGGGAUGAGUCUUAUGUUGUGUAUUUCAAUAUUCAACCUUAAAACACCUACUGUGGGGAAGUUAGAAGACCAGAAUAAUAUAUUAACUGUACAAUAAGGUUUUCUUUCUCAUUUUGCUUUAAUAAAGGUAGCCCUUUCAAUGUAAGUUCCUCGUAGCUUUGCAUUGUGCACAAUGCUUGUGGGGCUAUGGCCUUAGUUGGUGUACGAAAAUAGUGUAUGUUCCUCCAACUGAGCUAGAAAUGUAUUGAUUUUUCAAAA